UGGCUUAUACAACCUGUAGCUUUUAAUCUUUUCUGAGUCCCAAGAACUCUACAUUUUAGAGACCCACACCCACCUUCCCUUCUUUUUCUCUUUAUAAACAAGUUCAUCCACACCCAUUGGCUACACUUGAGGACAGUCAGUUACUAAAGCAGGACAAGACCCUCUACAACGCCAUCCCUAACUCUGCAAUGGGGAAGUACAUGAGGCCUCUCCUUGCUCUGUUCUGUGUUGCUGCCUUCUUUGCUUACAUUUCAGAGGUCUCAGCAACCACAAUAGCAUUCUACAACAAAUGUGAACACCCAGUAUGGCCUGGAAUCCAACCUAGUGCAGGGAAACCCAUUCUAGCAAGAGGUGGGUUUAAGCUAAAUGCAAAGCAAGCCUACUCCCUCCGAGUCCCUGCAGCUUGGUCAGGCCGCAUAUGGGGUCGCCAUGAGUGUUCCUUCGAUGCCUCCGGCAAAGGCAGCUGCGCCACUGGCGAUUGUGGUGGUUCUCUCUACUGUAAUGGCCUAGGAGGAGUACCCCCUGCAACCCUUGCAGAGAUAACACUUGGAGAAGAAGAUUUCUAUGAUGUAAGCCUCGUUGAUGGCUACAACCUUGCAGUCUCCAUUACCCCAUUUAGGGGAAAGGGGAAAUGUAGCCGUGCGGGUUGUAUUAGUGACCUGAACGCAAUGUGCCCAGUUGGGUUGCAGGUGAAAUCUCAUGACAAGAAGGUUGUGGCUUGCAAGAGUGCUUGCUUUGCCUUCAACUCUCCAAGGUACUGCUGCACUGGAAGCUUUGGGAACCCACAGACAUGUAAACCUACUGCGUAUUCCAAGAUCUUCAAAGCUGCUUGUCCUAGAGCGUAUUCGUAUGCUUAUGAUGAUCCCACUAGCAUAGCUACUUGCAGUGGUGGAAACUACUUGGUUACCUUCUGUCCUCACCAUUAGAGGUUCCAAGUUCCAACCUUUACUGCCAUAGUGCCAUACCUUUCUUCACAGAAAGGAAAGAAAAGUCAGAAACCUAUUCCUUGGCUUGGCUUUGGGCUUUGGGCUUUGGGUUUUGGGUUUGGGGUUUUGGGUUCCUCCUCUCUUCAACUCUUACCUGUAGCUACUAGCAUUGGCUCUUUCUUCCUUGCUUUCUCCUUUGCUAUGCAUCUACUAUAGUGGUAUUACCUAUUUUAAUCUUAAUGAAUUAUUAAAGUUAAUGUUC